UUGAAGCUUCGCCAGACGGCUUGAUCGACGAAGACGGCAUCGUCAAAGUCAAGUGCCCCUACGCGGCUAGGGAUAUGUCGCCGAAUUCGACGUGUGCGCGAUGACAGCGCCCCUAGUGGCCACAACUAUUUAGGACUUGUCAUCUGUCAAAUCAUGUCAACUAGAUGUUAUGAUAUCUUUGUGAUAUUGAUUUUCGACUAGUUUUUCAACGAAAUUGAAAAAAAUAGUGUAAAAAGUGAGUGUGUAUAUUAUACCUAGUGAUUUUCUUCCUCGUGAAAAAUAUGGAUAUUAUAAUACGUACGGGAUUUGAAUCGAUUAAGCAUAAAAUACAUUUCCAACCUCAAACUGAGCAAAAAGGGAAAAAAUUAGUAUUAGCACUGCAUGUAAGAGAAGUGGAAGAGCUUAGAACGAACGGGAAAAGCUUCUUAAUAAGAGCUCUGAUCAUAAGACAAACGUCUGUGACACAAACUCCCUACAAAACAUCAUUAAAUAUGAAUGAUAAACGUGUUGUUACAAAUGUUAAGUGCGACUGUGUUUACAACCAAAGUGGCAAGUGUAAGCAUGUUGCUGCUUUGAUACAUUACAUCAACACAGAAGAGAGCUUAUCAAAAACAAGCAGCGAACAGCAGUGGGGAAAACCCAGCAAUCGACAAAAGCAGCAGCAGCACAAUCAAAAGAUGCAAGUUGGGUAAAGGAAAUAUUAGUAGAAAUUUUGAACAAAAUUGAGUCAAAUUUGGAGCGAGAAGACUGCAUUGCAUGUUUAAACUUUUUUUUUAUGUACAGAGAAGAAUGUGAAAUAUACCAAAAAAAUUAUAUAUUAGAUGAACAACUCAAACAGUUUUACCAUACAAAUAUAGUGCUUUCUGAUGAAAAUAUAAUUAAGAUUAGUUGUGAUACAAUUAAGCAAUCGGCAUGCCUGAAUUGGUAUGCUAUUAGACAGGUAAGAAUAUCUGCUAGUACACAUGUACAUUGCAUAAAAACACGUACUACCAAAAGUAUUAAAAGUUUGGUAUCAAACAUGUUGAAUCCGAAGAAAGUUGACUGUGAAGCUACUCAGUAUGGUUUAAGAUGUGAACAAAAGGCUUUAGAAGAAUACGAAAGAUUAAAUCAAUGCGAAAUAAAACGAGUGGGUGUAAUAAUUAACAAGGUUCAGCCAUGGCUGUGCGCAAGUGUAGAUGGAGUUGUUGUGAAAGAUGUCUGUGUGAUAAAAUUGGUUGAAGUCAAAUGUCCAAUUUCAUGUAAGAAUAAACCUGUGGUAAAUUUUGAGACUAAUUUGUGCAAUGUUACUUAUUCAGAAUUUGGAAAUUAGACAUUAGAACUUAAGAAAAGUAAGCCAUACUACACACAAAUACAAACACAAAUGUAUGUCACUGUAAUGACAAUGUGUGAUAUUUUUAUAUAUUCACCAAUUAAAAAUUA